UCAUUCCGUCGCUAUCGUCAAUCAUAAGGCUUCCUGGUAGCAGGUCACUAUUACAACUUCAGGGCUGCCACUUCUGCCAAUAUCUUCUGACCGACGGUUUUCGCUUCUAUAUUGCUUCGUAUCCUUAGCGAGGUUCGUCCGCAACUGGCUCACGGGUCUCUGCGACAGAUCAAUAACCAGAAGCCUCUUUCUUUGGACACAGAUAGUCCAUUGUCUCGUUCAUAUAACGUUGAAUCUCAUGUCGGAAUACGACAACGGCGAGUCGCCAAGUACGGCACCAUGGCCGGUGAAAGAUAUUGUCUACGUAUCUAUAAUCGGUCCCGUCAUGCUCGCCGCCUUUCUCGAGUGGUUUCUUUGGUUGGCGGCAUUUCUCUAUUGCCUGGUCAAGGUAUAUCAGAAGGCGGAACACUGGAGCAUCAAGGUCCUAGCCAUCAUGAUGAUGUUCUUGUUCACGAUUUUCAGGGGUAUCUUCCUCCCGGUCAUGGUUGUCACUCUUCCGUUGCCAGCCGCAAUCACACAAUAUUUUCCAGAAAAGAUGGUCUCGUUUCUACAGUGGUUUGCCUUCUGGACAUUCGCAGUUCUCUUGAUCGUGCCAUGGUUAUUUUGCGUUUACAGGCUAGUCACUAGUUCUCUGGGAAGAACAAAACGCAUCAAGCAGGUCCUCGAUGAUAAGACCGCUCCGAAGACGGUUAUCGUGAUGCCAGUAUACAAAGAGGACCCCGCCGUUCUGAUAAAGGCUAUCGACUCUGUCGUUGACUGCGACUACCCAGCAUAUUGUAUUCACGUAUUUCUAUCGUACGAUGGAGGUGUCGUCGAUGAGGAUUACCUGAAAGUCGUCUCGCACCUCGGUAUUCCGAUCUCUCUCAAAAGCUAUCCUCAGAGCAUCGAUGUGACCUACAAGGGUGCAAGAAUAACGGUAUCGCGGUUCAAGCACGGCGGCAAACGCCAUUGCCAGAAGCAGACCUUCAAACUAAUAGAUAAGGUGUAUGCAGACUAUCUCAAACGGCAUGAUAACUUGUUCGUACUUUUCAUCGAUUCCGAUUGCAUACUUGACAGAGUCUGUCUGCAAAACUUUAUGUACGACAUGGAGUUGAAGCCAGGUAGCAAGCAUAAUAUGCUUGCUAUGACCGGGGUCAUCACGUCGACAACAGAAAAGAACUCUCUGAUUACGAUCUUGCAGGACAUGGAAUAUAUUCAUGGACAGCUCUUCGAGCGUUCUGUUGAGUCGAGCUGUGGUGCAGUGACUUGCCUACCAGGGGCACUGACAAUACUACGGUUUUCAGCGUUCCGCAAGAUGGCCAAGUACUACUUCGCUGACAAGGCUGAGCAGUGCGAAGAUUUGUUCGAUUAUGGGAAAUGUCACCUGGGAGAAGAUCGGUGGCUUACGCAUUUGUUUAUGAUUGGGGCCAAGGAGAGGUAUCAGAUACAGAUGUGCACGAGCGCGUUCUGCAAGACCGAGGCAGUCCAGACCUUUCGAAGUCUGCUGAAGCAACGUCGUCGAUGGUUUCUCGGAUUCAUUACCAAUGAAGUCUGCAUGUUGACGGAUAUUCGGCUAUGGAAACGAUACCCUGUGUUAUGUCUGGUGCGUUUUAUGCAGAAUACGAUUCGCACCACCGCCCUCCUGUUCUUCAUCAUGGUCAUCUCCAUUAUUACGACGUCCAACAAGAUCAAGAAUCUCCCAGUGGGUUUCAUUGCUGUCUCCUUGGGCCUCAACUAUCUCCUCAUGCUCUAUUUUGGGGCAAAGUUGAAGCGGUUCAAGGCGUGGCUUUAUCCGCUGAUGUUCAUCUUGAACCCGUUCUUCAAUUGGCUCUAUAUGGUUUACGGCAUCUUCACUGCAGGACAGCGAACCUGGGGUGGUCCAAGAGCGGAUGCUGCAGCCGCUGGUGAUCACAUCUCACCUGAGGAAGCUGUGGAACAGGCAAAGGCUCAGGGUGACGAACUCAACGUGAACCUCGACACAUUCCGGACAGCAGAGGAAGAGAAGAAAGUGGUUCCAAUACAUCCUUCCGAGAAGGUGGAGGGUCGCUUCGCAGCACCAGAACAGCUGUCCAAUGGCUACUAUCUCAAUAGGGAGGAUUCAGCCUUGACACUCUCUCAGGUCAUGACGCAGUUCCCUGAUAUCCCACGAAUCCCGCUACAGUCGCGCAACUCAUUCGAUUCGGUCUUUACUGGUGAAUCAGGAGAGACUUCGAUUUGCAUGCCGCGUCGCAUUGAGAGUAUCAUGGGUGAGGAGGAUCUGGCUAAACUAUACAUUGCCCGUCAGGCACAACGGUCAUCCAGUUCGAUUGUUGACCCCGGCGAGUCUGACUAUGCGAACAUCACAAACGGGACUGGGUUAUCACAGGAGAAUAGCCAUGGGAGUCUUGAUUCCGUCACUCAAUCGCUACUGACAAUACCGACCAACUCGACAGUCAGCGUGUCAAGCACUCCGCUGGCUCUUCCAGACACGACCCUGGAUCUUUCACGCUCGUCACACUUGAUGCGCAGCCCCCUUGGGAGGAACAGUCCGCAGCAACCUUACUGGGAUGAGAGUGCCGAGGGCCUGGAGAGCGAGUCCCACCCGUCCCUCGUGCCCCUGCAGAGGCCUAACCGGGCGCGCCCUAAGAAGCUGCAGAAGAAACGGCUGUGGCCAUUCAAGAGAUCGCGCGAUGCCGAUGACCUGGUAUGAAUAACCCAACACAUUUCUGGAGCCCAAAAUCAAGACCAAAAGACAAUGCAAUGUC